UAAACUGUCUGCUGAUUACAUAAAGAUUUGAGUUAUUCGUAGGAAUAUAUAAUUUUCUAUUCUGUAUUACUAGAACUUAUAGUUUUGUGUGAGUUCUUUCCGCCUUUUCACAAUUUUCCACUGUGACCAUGUCUCGACAGAAUACAAGAUUAGACGUUAAGAAAGUUAACUCAGAGUUGUUUACGUUAACAUAUGGAGCCAUAGUGUCUCAAUUGAUGAAAGACUAUGAAAAUGUAGAGGAUGUAAACAAACAAUUGGAUCGAAUGGGUUAUAAUAUUGGUGUCCGUAUGGUUGAAGAUUUUUUAGCCCGUACUAAUGCUGGAAGAUGUUAUGACUUAAGAGAAACCGCAGAUAAAAUUCAGUAUGCAUUUAAAAUGUAUUUGGGUAUAACUCCAGCUUUAACUAAUUGGAGUGCUGCUGGAGAUGAGUUUUCCCUAACAUUUGACACUAAUCCACUAACAGAAUUUGUGGAACUACCAGAUAACUAUCAAAAUCUCAAAUAUAGCAAUAUACUUUGUGGAGCCUUGAGAGGAUCGUGUGAAAUGGUACAAAUGGAUGUGUCUUGUUGGUUUGUGCAAGAUCAACUUAAAGGUGAUUUGGCCACUGAAUUGCGAAUAAAGUUCAACAAACGGCUAGAAGACGCUAUACCUGCUGGAGAAGACUAAAUUGACUCUGACUUAUCUAUUAGUUGAUGGCAUUUCGUCAUCACUUUCACCACCGCUUUUUGUUUUAACUGAGUCACUAUCAGACUCAUGAGCAUCAUUCUUUUCU